CCCCUCCCCCGUUCCCCACACUCUCCUCACAGUCACCAAUGCCGAAGCCCAACCAUCGUGCCCGCUCCGCCGCUGCCGGCGGCGGCGGGGGCGGCGGGGGCCCGAUAGACGCGGAUUGGAAGUACUUCCUCGACAAUGUCCGCGAGGAAGGCCACUCCUACGCCGUCCGCGUCCCUGCCGACGGCGCCAACCCUUCCUACUACCUCCAAUACGAGAAGCCCCUCACCAACGGCGCCGCCUCCACCUCCUCCCGGGGCGGGGCUGCACGCAAGCGCUGCCGGAUGGAGGAGGAGGAGGAGGAGGAGAGCUCGUCCGGCGAACCCGAACCCGCACCCGACCCCGACAUUGAAGAGGACUACCGCGUGUUCCUUCAGAACGUGCGCCUCGUUGGGCAUGGCGGCUUCGUGCUGGAGCAUGAGGGCAAUGUGAUCAGGUACGAUGCUUCGGGCGCGGCGCUCAGCUCGGAUGAGUCUUCCGAUGAGUCCGUGAUGGGUGCUCCGGAGCCCGAUCCGCGUCGACGAAAGGCGAAAAUUGUGGAGGAGGAUCAGGAGGAGGAGGAGGAUGUGAAGAAUGAGGUUGCCGUUCCGUCUAGAAAGAAAGAUUUUACCAUGGUAAAAGAGGAUCAGGAGAAGAAGGGGAAGAGAGUGGUCGACCUUCCUGCUAGGGGGGAAGAUGGUGCCAUGGUGGCGGAAGAGGAUCGGAAGAAGAAGCUCAGAAAAGAGUUCAACUUUCAUUCCUUUCAUUCUAAGGGGAAAGAUGAUACAACACCAGUGAAAAAUCUGAAGGAUAAGAAGAAAGAGGUUAAAAAUCCAAAGGAUAAGAAGGUUCAUGGGAAGAAAGAGGUUGCCCUUUCUGCUAAGGGGAAAGAUUGUCAAUUAGCAGAGGGUGUGGUGAUCAAGGUGGAAGAGGAAGAUGGGCAGUUGCAGAUUGUGCCGGCUGUGGAGAAACUAGCGACUACAACUAGACUGACAAACUUAAGCAAUGGCCACAAAACCGCCCCUCGUAUCGCUUCGGGGUCACAUGGAGUUAUAUGGCCAAUACAUAUAAAUGAUAGGGAAGAAUCGGAUUUCAAGCAAAGAUUGAUACAUGUUCUCAACAAACCCUUUAGCCAGGGAGAAUAUGACAAACUCUUUGGUAUGGCUACUAUUCGCAAUCCAUUGACAAGGGAACGUCGGACACGCUGUGGUGUGAAGUAUUACUACUCUCAACAUGAGAAGGCAAAAUCAUAUUUUGAUUGUUACCCAGAUCUUGCCAAACAAGUUGAAGAAGCCAGCUAUCCCAAUCGCUUGGCUCUGUUGCGUGGGCUUUUCUUCUGGUUGGAGAAUAUUGGGCAAGAUGAUCAAUUCAGGCCGUGGAGAGACGAUCACAAACGCUACAAAAUUAUGUCUCUCUGAGAACACAUAACAAAGUUCUUACUUGCAUGUGAUUAUCUGCAGCAUCUCGCCCAUCAUUGUUGUAAAUACGUACCCAGUAAAAAACCGUAGAAUGGAAAUGGCACUGAAUUUAGGCCCUUCUCUAGUCUCCAUAGAUAGGAUAACCUUGGGUUCUCUCACCUUCUCUUUGUGUAACUGAGUAUGGGGUUGACUAAAAUGUGUUUAGAGAAUGUUUACUUGUACUAACUCAGUCCGAAUUCUGGAACACCCUAUGGCUCAUGGCUUUCUAUCGGAGGAGCAAAAUGAAAAAAAAAAUGCUGUUCCUCGAUAUUUUCUUUCAGAAAUAUACCGGAUUUUCAUUGAUUUGCAGAAA